AGGGAAAGAGGGAGUGACUGCUGGCGAUCCCUACUUCUGAGACCCUCCCCCUGGGCCUCCUUCCCGCAGCCAAAGACCCUGGCAGGGGUCUCUGAAGCCAGAGGUGCCUGCUCAGGAUGUCGCCCUGUGGUCGCCUGUGUCUCCUGGUCUUCGUUGGCCUGAUUCUCCCCACCAGAGGGAGAUGGGUGUCGGUUUCCUACUUGGCAGCCAGGAACACCGGACUCACAGCAGAGCAGCUCCCUUGGAUCCCCGGGUGAUAUAUGAUUAGGUAAAAAGGUGCUUUCUACAUGACAGGUGCUUGUUUCAGCUUCAGCUCUACUCUAUGAUGCUGUUGUCAUGACCAUUUUACAGAUGAGGAAACUGAGGCUCAGUGAAGGAAAGUGCCCUGUGCCAGAGGCUAGACAGACAUUGGAGGAGACCACAUCCAUUACUCUAGCAGAUCCAGUCACUGAGAACGUUCAUUCCCUGACUCCAGCCCCAGACACUGUCCACCCAGAACUCCAGCCCACUCCCCAGACUUCAACCCUGCAGGCUGAAGCAACCCCGAGCCCGAUGGAGAUCCACACCCAGCAACCUACGGAAAUGGAUGUGCUUCUAACAACAGGUCCAGGGACAGACAAGAGCAGGACGCAAGGCCCCACGCCCUCCGAGACCCAACUCCCACGCAAAAACGUCAGGAGGGACCCAGCCCUCAGGCAGACUGGUUCAAGCGAGGACGACCCCUUCUCCUAUGACGAGGACACCCUCCGGAAACGGGGGCUGUUGGUGGCAGCCGUGCUGUUCAUCACCGGCAUCGUCAUCCUCACCAGUGGCAAGUGUAGGCAGCUGCCCCGGUUAUGCCGGAGUCAUGACAGAUGAGUCCGUCGGAAGUGGGGGCUGAUGACCCGAUGGGCACCCCGAGACUGAGCCCCUGCUGACUCCCCGUGCCUGGCCUCCUCCCUCCCCUCGAAGGACCUACAGACUAGUCGACAAAGCCCAGCCUGAGAGGUAGGACGUGGAUGGAGCCAGAGCCGGGACUGGUGGCCUGAGCCCCCUACUCUCCCAGCCCUGCCCUCCCUGAAGGCUGACUGGCUCCCCACUUAUCCAUUCUGUUCCAACAAGAAGUAAAGCACUGUGGUCUUUGCCCCAUGGUCUCUGAUCAUUCC